AUGCAAUCCUUGGUUAUCGCCCGCAUGGAACAAGCCACCGCCCCAGGACCUCAGGCCGCCAAGGACUCCAGGGCCCUAGGGCUCACAGCCGUUGCAGACGAGCUUCCAUGGCUGUCAAACGUUGGGCUCUACGCAAUUCCCGUGCGCCUGUUUUGGAAUGCGGAAAAGGGUACAAAAGAAGUCGACUUUCCAAAAAACUACGCACAUAUCACAACGCCAGGGUUGUGGGAGCAAUCCAUCAACGAGGCAAUGCGACAAAGGAUGGACGCCAAUGGAGUGGCAAUUCUGACAGGCCCCAGCCAAUUGAUUGUUAUUGACGUCGACGUGUCCAGCAGUGAUACAAAGAAACCAGACAUUGAACUCUGGGACCGUCUUGUCGAGAAACACGGCGAGCCUCAAACACUCAAAGCACAAUCAGGUUCCGGCGGACUUCAUUUCUACUUUAAGGCCAAUUCGCCGGGCCUUAAGUGCACCCGUAACUUCUCAGGCAUCAAGGUCGACAAAUCCGUUUAUGGUGUUGAUGGUCGGGCUCGUGGAGGGGUCGUUUUUGCCUACCCUGCACGCUACGUCAAAGAUCAGGGCAAACUUGCGACAUACAAAUGGAUCAAUGGGCCUCCGAGCUUUGAGGCAUGCCAAGAAAUGCCUCCUUGGCUCACAAGUUUUUUGAAUGACCACGUUCAGCAGACUGCAGCGGACGAGAUCGACACAGGAAAGUUUGUCGAGAGGCACGGAUCACGUGAGAAUGACUCAAUUGCCACACCAUCUGCGAUGGAUCACGCAACAUCGAUGCCAUCAGCACCUCUCGAAGAUGUGCAAAAUACGGUGGCCUUGCCCGGAUUGGAACGAGCGCUCGAAGAGAUAAAGAAAAUGCUCCAUGCAAAGGUUCCAAACGACGCCAGCACCUUCAGUGGAGUCGGAGAGAGGACUCCAAAUGGGUGGCGAAUCUUAAAGUUCAAGACCAACGGCAUCCGCACAUGCUUAAAUGGCCACCAACACGUCUCGAACCAGUUCAGCAUCUUGAGCAACGGAGGCGUCCUUGUGUACCGCUGUCUGAGUUUGGAGUGCAUUGAUCAACCAAAGCCUCUACUCGGCACAUACUUUUGGCCGGAGUGCUUGCCUCUGAGGGCCGAUGGAAAAUUCAUCGAGGACUGCGAACGCUAUCUGCUCCCCUUCAAGCCAUCGGAGGACAAAGACCGCAAUAAGAAGAAGAGCAAAGAAGACGACGAUCGCACAAAAAAGGCAAAAACGGAUCUGCAAGAUCUCAUAUUGCGCAUGAUGAAUCAUUAUUUUGCGGUGGUUGUUGGCACGACGAGGGCGGUCUACUUCGAGACCAUCUACUCGCGAGACGCGAGCGGUCGCAUCCAGCAGGAGGAGACGAUCAACCGGUCCGGGCACAACUUUCUUGAGAGGUGUAAGAAUUUACAGCUCUGCAGUCUGCCGGGCAGAUCAAAGGAGGUGGCCAAGUUUUGGGAGAGCAGUCCAAAACGCCGCGAAUACGAUCAGAUCGUGUUUGAACCAGAGCUCUCCAAGGUCUCUCCUCGGCAGUUCAACCUGUUCUGCGGGCUGAAUUUCCAACCAAUCGAGCGCAAGUUGACAGCUGCCAAGCUCGUCGAGUGCGAAGGCAAGAUGCCAAAGCUCAUCUGGCACAUUCGCAAUGUUUUAAGUGAUCGUUCCCCCGAACGCUUUGAAUACAACAUAAAAUGGAUGGCGCAUGGAGUUCAGAGGCCUUGGCGGAAAAUCCAGGUCGCUCUCGUGUUCCGUGGCCCGCAAGGGUGCGGCAAGUCGACAUUGUGGGAUUUCUACGGCCUCAAGAUACUUGGGAGCAAACUUUACUUGUAUUGUAAUGAGAUUGAAAAGGUCAUUGGACGGUUCAAUUCUCUUGGAGUCAACAAGCUCCUAAUCGUCCUCGACGAAGCUGGGAAUUGGGGUGGGGCAUACAAGAUGAACGAUCGAAUAAAGUCUGCAAUCACGCAAGAGACGACGUGCCUCGAACAUAAGGGGCAAGACGCGAUCACCGUGCAAGACAGGAGCAAUAUCGUGUUCACGACAAAUCAUUCGUGGCCGGUGAAAAGAGAAGCCGAUGAUCGGCGAUACUCUUGCCAAGAGUGCUCUGGAGUAAAAGUGGGAGACAAACACUACUUCGACGAGCUUCUGGCGGAGCUGGAAGAUCCGCAGACCGCCUUUCAUUUCCAUCAAUACCUGUCGUCGAUCGACAUUGUUGUCAAUUGGGAUCCCAAAAAGAUGCCAGUAACGACUUGGGGAGAGGAACUGAGGGACCAUUUGUAA